GAGAGUUUAGUCUAUAUAUAGAAAAGUGUGGGAAUGCAAAAAAAUAGCUAAUAUUUAUUGUGUUAAAGUAAAAAGUGAAACCAUAUAAGAAGCACUCCUCAAAUUUGAAUAAAAAUAGCCGUUUAAUUUUGAACGAACUCGUCUAUCGAUAGUCGCCCAGCUGAUUGCGUCUUUAUUUAUGGUCAAAAUAUAGCUAUCAGCGGAAUUUCAUUUGAAUUUCAUUAGAUUAGUCAUGUACGUCGUGGGCCAAAGUCUUGUGCGGUUAUCUAAAUAAAUGAUUGCGCCGUCGUGAUUUGGACUUUCCGUUUCAAUUUCCUUUUUUGUUUUAGAAAGAGCCCCGAAACCACGUGCCGUAUUGUCGUCGCACCCCCGCGAAUUAUUAUUAAAGUAUUGGGGAUCCGGAUUAGCCGAUAACGAGUUGCCCAAAUAAAAAUCAAAGGCACGGGUUGUUAAUGGAUUUUCUGUUUACGCCCCGAAACCGCAACCACCUAGAAAACUAGUGAUAACGCCACCGGUGCUCCGUAGUCCGUGUUCCAUAUUCCGUAGUUAUUAUACAUUCAGCCAUGCCAGCGAACGGAGUGGACAUUCCCGUCCUAAAGACCAACGGUCACGAGAGGCUAACUUCGCUGGACAAGAGUAUGCCCCCGGCAUCACCCACUCUGCCGAGUCCCACGAUCCGCAGGAACAAGAGUGACGGCAAGCUGAUGGCCCAGGAUGUCAAGGAGGCCCGGGUGAAAGUCAUUUAUACGGGCGGAACCAUCGGAAUGGUGCGCAACGAACGGAAUGUGCUGGCUCCCAUUCCCAAUGCCCUUGUGCGCAGUAUUCGCAAAUAUCCCAACAUUCACGACGAGGAGUACGCCCUGCGUCGCUUUGGAGCGUCUGCAUCGAUGGCUCCACUAGUUCUGCCCUUCGUCCAGGGCGUGGAUCGUAGGAUUAUCUACCAGAUCACAGAAUACACACCGCUGCUGGACAGCAGCAAUAUGACGAUGAACGAUUGGGCCCGGAUAGCCAGCGAUAUACAGCAAUCCUACGAGUUCUUCGAUGGUUUUGUGGUUCUCCACGGCACCGACACACUCUCCUACACAGCCUCGGCAUUAUCCUUCAUGCUGGAGAAUCUGGGCAAGACGGUGAUCAUCACGGGCUCCCAAAUCCCGAUUUUCGAGACGCGGACCGACGGCAAGGACAAUUUCACCUCAGCGCUGAUUAUCGCCGGCAACUAUAUAAUUCCCGAGGUUUGCGUCUUUUUCGGCCACAAGUUGAUGCGCGGCAAUCGAACGGUGAAGGUCAGUUCGAAUGCCCUGGAUGCCUUCGAUUCGCCGAAUGUUCCACCGCUGGCGAGGAUCGGCAUCGAUGUGAACGUGGACUACCGGCUGAUCUUCCGGCCGUGCAGUAUUGAAAGGUUUUGCGUGCACCUAAAUCUCGAUGAGAAUGUCGGCCUGCUGCGCAUCUUCCCGAGCAUUUCGCACUCCACAUUUCGGGCAUUCCUGGCGCCACCGAUACGCGGAGUGGUCCUGCAGUCCUUCGGAUCUGGAAAUAUCCCAUCGAACCGAACGGAUCUGAUCGAUGAACUGCGCGGGGCCGCCGAAAGGGGAGUGAUUAUCAUCAAUUGUACGCAGUGCCCGAAUGGAACUGUGGCCGAGAUCUAUGAUACGGGCAAGGUGCUCUGCGAUGUGGGCGUGAUUCCCGGCUACGAUAUGACGCCCGAGGCGGCGCUCUCGAAGCUGGCCUAUGUGAUCGGCAAGGAGGAGUGGUCGCUGGAGGUCAAGAAGCAGAUGAUGCAGUCAAAUUUGAGAGGAGAACUGACCUCCGUGAAGGCUCCCAAGAUGGAGGACUACGACCUGGUGGAUGCGGUGGCCAGAUCGCUGCAUCUAUCGUCGCCCCAAGAACUGGAUCAGCUGGGCGAAACCCUAUUUCCCGCCAUGAUAAAUGCCGCUGUGGCCGAGGGCGACCCAAAGAAGAUCAACAAUUUGAAGGCCUAUGGCGCAGAUUUGUCUGGAACGAAUCAUGACCAGCGGACGGCUUUGCAUUUGGCCUGUCAGCUGGGCAACGUGGAGAUUGUGAAGUACCUUCUGCAGAACGGAGUGUCCGUGCACGUGAGGGAUCGCUACGAUCGCACGCCGCUGCUGGAGGCCGUGUCCACCGACAGUCACGAGAUCAUCCAGCUGCUCAUCAAUUGUGGCGCCCAUUUGACGGGUUCCUCGCGAGCGGUGGGCGAGCAACUGUGUGCGGCAGCGGCUCGCGGUUCGAUGGUCCGAUUGAGGUCCUAUCAAUAUGCCGGUGCCGAUCUCGCCCAGGCGGAUCCCUCGGGCAGGACCGCCUUGCAUGUGGCUGCGCUGCACGGCUAUCCGGAGGUGGUGCAAUAUGUGCUGCCCUAUUUCGAGAAUCCCAACGAGAAGGACAUGCUGGGUCUCAGUGCCUUGGAUUACGCGGAGCGCGGUGGCCAUGCGCAGGUUAUAGAGGUCCUGAAAAAGUCCGAGUAACCCUGGAAAUCUCUUUUGCAUCACAACUCAAAUUGUCAUCUCAAACAAAUGGAUUUUUUUUUAAACCAGAUUUUAGAAGUAGAGAGGCUUUUGUGACACCGCGAGUCUCGAUUUUCUGUACUUAAGUGUCGCAUCUAGUCUAAUGGUUCCUUAUUAUGUAUUUUGUAUAUUUAACCUAACGUAGUCGAAAGUUGUUAUCCCUAACUUGACCCUUUGUUUUAGCCGUCUUAAUUUAUGUAUAAAUUAAAUGCAAUAUUAUAAAUUAAAAAAGCAUUGUUUAAAUUCCC